UAAUUUACAAUAGGCACGCUGUUUCUCCACCUGCUUGCUGUUUAAGUCCCGCCCACGUCUCCUUCUCUGUGGUGAGCGGGCGGAAGACGCCCUAAACUCUGCAUCAUGGUGUGGCCCGAACCGCCAAACUAUUAUGAUCCUCCCAAGCAUGGCUUCAAGGUUACUUUGGAGACCCCGCAGUAUCCCAUUAUUAACCCGGAGCCCAGCAUCAGCGAUGCUCUCACAAACAUGCGCUCUGAGAACUGGUCCGCGGUAGCCGGCCUGGCUGCUUUUGGCUAUACGGCAGGGUACUUCUUCGGUUCCAAGGUGCACUGGGCUAAGCCAACGGCUCUCUUUACGGCAAUCUUUCUCGGCAAGACCGGCCUUCUCUGGGGCAUGUCCGACAGUGCACAUCGUCUGAUGGGCUUUAAGGAGAACAGCAAGGAGGUGGCAAGCAACAUGCCACACAUUAUGCAGCGUGAGGCGUACUGAGCCCUCAUUGAAGCACCGGCAGUGCGCCCCUCGCGACUUACCGGCCAGUGUGCCGCAUAGUGUCCGUCCUGGUCAUGCUGCGUUUACGGGUUUUUUCUGUUCCGGCACAGGAGGAAGGCUCGCACAUCCCGGGUGUAAUUUUCCGUCUGGGUUUUGUGUUUGUACGGGGUGAGGGUAUUGGGAUACUCAGCAUGACACGACAUGUGAGUGGAAGGUUCUUUCUGCACGUGGUUUAUAGGUAGGGAUGGUUUGGGCUGUGUUUCCCUUCUGUAACACACAAUACAUGUAUGAUCUAGGCGUACCACUCCUGCACGAGCGGCAGAAGGCUUGCACAGUCUGCCAGGCGGUUUGUCAUGACGUGUGCCCUCUUAAUUGGUCGUAUCGGGUAUUGCAUACGGGCACACGUGACCGUGUCAGGGAGGCCCAGGUUCAACUCAUUUGGUAUCCAUUUUCAACGCAUUUGGUAGCACUACCGAGCGUAUUCGCGGACUGCAGGGAUCUCUGUCCACCGGACGUUACAGGACAUGACACAGGAAAAGACCCGAUAAAGGAUUGGUACCCC